UAAGAUUAGCUUAAGAAGUUAAGAUUGAUUAAGACGGAGCUCUCUCAUUCAUUAUCUCUAUUUCUCAAGUAUCACGAUCGCAACUUGUGUGAAGAAGAAGAAGAAGAUAGAGAGAUUCAUUCAGAUAUGGCUUGGUUAGCUAGAUCCAUUGCGAACUCACUCAAGCUAGAUGAGGACGAUGAAGAUGAUCAGAAGCAACGAGUUGGUGGUGAUGAUGAGACCGUUUCGAAUCAAUCGAUAUCGGAUUCACAGUCUCCUCGAGGCGUUAAGGAAGACAUCACCGAACUAACCAAAACCUUGAGAAGCCAGUUUUGGGGAGUAGCUUCGUUCCUCUCUCCACCACCGCCUUCGUCUCCGGAUCUUAAGGAGAGAACAGAUCACGCGAGGGAAGGUGGAGAUGAGGAUCUGAUUGCUGGGAUUAAGAACGAUUUCGCGGAGAUUGGUGGGAGAUUCAGGACUGGGAUGUCGAGACUCUCUGGGAACUUACCUGUUUCUGAGUUGAGGACUGGGAUUUCUAAGCUCUCUGUACACUUACCUGUUUCUGAGUUCACUAAGAUUGCUUCGAAUUUUUUACAAUUGAGCUCAGAAGAUGUGGAUUUGAAGGAUUACGACAAGGAUGUUGGAGUCACAGAGGAAUUAGUUUCCUUUGCCAAGGAUCUUGCGAUGCAUCCUGAGACUUGGUUGGAUUUUCCUAUACCUGAUGAGGAAGAUGAUAGCUUUAAUGACUUUGAGAUGAGCGAUGCUCAAUAUGAGCAUGCCUUGGCCGUGGAGAGGCUUGCACCGAGCUUGGCUUCUUUGAGAAUUGAGCUUUGUCCUGAAUAUAUGAGUGAGAAUUGCUUCUGGAGGAUUUACUUUGUUCUCGUGCAUCCUAUACUCAGUAAAGACGAUGCUUUGCUUCUGUCUACUCCUCAGGUACUCGAAGCAAGAGCAAUGUUAUCACACGAACUACAGAAAACAAACAAAUUACCUAUGGAAGCAGGGAGUUCUGAAGCUAAUAAUGCUGUCAUUGUGGAACAACCUCUUGAUGUGCCUCAUGAACCUUUACCAGAAGCAGCAACUGUCAGAAUCGUAAGUACGAUAAAGUCAUCCGACUUUCAAACAGACAAGCACCCAAUUGAGAGCAAGGAGAUACAAAUUGUUGACAAAUCUGUCAUUGAAGAGACUGCUUCUUCAUCUAAAUUAAUCAAUGUGCAAGUGGAUGACGAGGAAGAAGACGAUGCAGAUGAUUGGUUGAACGAUGAAGAAGAGACUUCAUCUGUCGGCGCCAUUGAAGGAAGAGCAAACACAAAUCAUCCUCCUGGUGAAGACGACGAAGAUGUAUCAUUCAGUGAUUUAGAAGAAGAGGAUGAAGGAGACGUGAAGGUGAGUUACAAGAAAGUUACCAACUCUGGUUCUGAUUCUUCAAACAAAAAUUCACCAGAUUGGGUUCAGCUAGAAGAGGUGAAAGUGAAGAAAGACUCAAACGACUGGCUUAAUGUCGAUGAAUUGUGAUGUGAUGGGAGUGACAUCCAGUGUUCUUUUCUUUAUAUAUAACAGUCUAAGUCAUCUUCCAAAUAUAUGAUCCUACCGUUGGAAUAUGCUGUAAAUAUUCUUCAAACCCAUAUAUGAAGGCCUUCAUAGGAACUGCCAUUUUUAUA